CACUACUAAAGCAGACAAGGUUUUUGAAAUUCCUUUUGUGCUUUCUCUUUGUCAAAAAAGAACAAAAUCCCUAAACAUAAGCUUUCUCCUCAACCGUGUAAUAGCUAAAACCCCUUUCUUUUCAGUUCCCAUUUAAACCCUAAAUUCCUAAUAGCAAAAUCUAAGCAACAAAGCUAUGGCAGAGGGGGCAGGAGAAGAAAAGAAGAAAUUUUCAAUCUGGGAUUUGCCAGUGCCAAUGGGUCAACUUCCGCCGCAUCUUGAACUCCAACGAAGUCGUGUUUCAUGCAAUAAGGACGCCCCUAUCCAUACUGAGAGUAUUCAAUAUUCUGGCGCUUAUGCAUCGAUGGGAAUUGAUAAUAGUUCACGACUUGACCGAUUCUCUAACAACUUUAGAGUUGAAGUGGUUCGACUCAAUGAAGAUGACAUGGAGUUUGAUAUGAUCGCUUCCUACAAUGGCAAUUGAAAAAGUUCUCAUUGCAAACAACACAUCAAUAAUCCAAGAUGAAGUUCUUGCUCAUAGGUUGGGCCUCGUUCCAAUCCGUGUUGACCCAAGGCUUUUUGAUUAUCUUUCAGAAAAUGAUCAGCGAAAUGAAAAGAACACCAUUGGGAUUGAAACUCCAUGUUCAGUGUAAAAGAGUUAGUCCACGUAUUACAGGAAAUUGAACUGGAAGCACAUGCUGCUAAAGGCAUUGGGAAAACACAUGCAAAGUGGUCCCCAGUGGCCAUUGCUUGGUAUCGGAUGCUUCCUGAGGUUGUAUUAUUGGAAGAUAUCGAAUAUGACCUUGCUGAAGAACUCAAAAGCAAAUGCCCUGUUAAUGUGUUUGAUAUAGAAGAUCUUGGAAAAGGUAGGAGAAGGGCAACUGUAGCAAGGCCACGUGCGUGCACACUUUGCAGAGAAUGCAUAAGAGGUGACGAUUGGGAGAAACGUGUGGCACUGCGCCGUGUUAAAGAUCAUUUCAUAUUCACCAUUGAUUCUACUGGAGCAUUACCUCCUGAAGUUCUAUUUACUGAAGCAGUGAAGAUUUUAGAAGACGAGUGUGAACGCGUGAUAACGGAGCUCUCAUGAUGCUUUUAAUAUGGUUAGUAAGGAUGAGAGAAGCAAUGGAUUCUCUAUUAAUCCAAGGAGAUUUUCUUGCCUAUUAGCAAAUCUUUUUCAUUUCUCAUCUUUUGGUUCAUGGAUGGGAUUUGGAGGGGCAGAUGGUAUGAUUCACAUAUAUAUAUAUAAAAAGAGUGGAUUUUUGUGAGUUAAUGUGUAAUGAGAGGGAUAGAUUAUUGGUGAUGGGCUUUUUACAUUUUUGGUAUUGAAUUAAUAUAUAGUUGUAAUACAAGGAUCCAUGGUUUAACCUUAUGAAGUAGCCAAUUCAUCA